AUGGACCGGCCACACACUCACCUCUCCGACCCCUCUCCACCCUUUCAAAUCCAUCUUCCACCAGUUUCCCCAGGAACGGCAUUACCCAACUUAAAUCUCAAACAUUCGGUCGAUUCCCGAGCCCUUACGUAUGAUGGAACCGUUGACGAAAAUCUUGUUUGUCCGAUAUGUCGAUGUCCUUUCGUCAACCCUGUAUUGACAGGGUGCGACCAUGUCUUCUGUCGGUCGUGUAUCCUCGGUUCUCUAUCACAUAGGUCUCUAUGUCCUAUCGACCGAUUACCUUUAUCUGAUGAUACUAUUACCAAAGCUCCGAAAAUGGUCUUUAAUCAACUGGAUUCUCUGAGUGUCGAAUGUCCUUGUUGCAAAGCCCGGAUAUCUAGGUCCACGGUUGAAAAUCAUCUGGAAAAAUACUGCUUGGAUGCCUUUGUCAGGUGUCCGGGUUAUAUUGAAGGAUGUCCACAGAUGGUAAAGAGGGUUGACUCGGAACGAGAGUGUUUACAUUUCCUUGUUGACUGCCCUGAUUGUUCGGAAGAGGUGGAGCAAAUAGAAAUGAAGGAUCAUCGAGAGAAUCAUUGCACCGAGAGGCUCAUGCAAUGUGAGCGUUGCGAUCUUGAAAUCAUGCGCUGUGAAGAGAAACAGCACGAAGAAUCAUGUCCCGAGUUCAUCAGAAUAUGCAAGUGGGCAGAAUACGGCUGUCAAUACAAGGCUGUAAGCAGGAAGCACAUUUUACACCUUGAAAGUUGUCAAUUCAAAUUGAUCGGACCCCUAGCCGCAUCUCUCAAAGGAGAAAUCAGCCAACUUGAAGACAAAGUCCUGGAUUUGAAAGUGCAAAAUGAACUACAAAGCCGCCGCAUCAAAUUCCUAGAGACCGGAUCAAGAACGUCUUCAGAUAGACCCAUGGAUCUAACAGAUCUCUCCCUCGCAAAUCUCUCAGUUUCCGGACCAACAGAUCCUUCGGAUUCAGGAAAUGACUAUCUCCUCUCACUUCUGGAAGCUCAACAAACUCGAAUCAACCAGCUCACCGCGGAGCUGUCCGAUUUCCAAGGCAAAAACACAAUGAUGCUCUUCAAUGAAACGCUACCCAUCAAAAACGAACUUGCGGAACUGAGGAGUACACAGCAGGUUACUUGUAUGCAUGUUCGUUGGCUCUUGAGGCUACGAUUGCAGGAGAAUCAGAGACGGUUUGGGGUUGGACCUGGGCCGGGGUCGAGUAGUGGUCCGGAUGGUGGGGGGUUCGGUAAUGAUUUACCUCUUUCUAGGAGGUUGAGCGAUUCAACGAGGGAUGUUACUACGAAGCUUUAA